UCAGUAUUACCAAAACCCACAAGCUUUAAGCAAAAAUGGCAAAUCUAAUUACCUCAACAGCCCUACUCUGCGUUCUUCUAGUGAUCAUAGCCAAUGCAGUCACUGGCUACAGAACUAUCAUCACCACCGUUGAAGUCGACGAUUCUUCCAAUGUUCGGGAUAUAUGCAAGAAGGAAGCUGAAAGAAGAGAUUUGAGUUCCUGUGAGAAUUAUAUAACACAGAGAAGAGGAAGGUCAGAAGAUAUGUUAGCUAUGCCAGGAAUUGAAAACCCUCGACAGCAGGUUCCUAGACAAUGCUGUAACCAAGCAAAGGAACUAAGUGCUAUUUGUCGAUGUGAAUCAAUACAUUAUCUGUUAGAGAAGCAGCUGGAGGAAGGAGAAGUUGGAAGCGAAGAUGAGGCAAGGCGCAGGACUAAAAAUAUAAUUGAUGUUUGCUUUGGGUCUAUAUGCCCUCGUUAAAAUGCUAGCUGCAGGUGAAUAAAACUUCAUUCACUUGUAUGUGAGUGAGAGUUAUAUAUAAUGAUGUAUAAGAAGUAAGAGCAUCAGAAUAAGUUUGUUCGAAACUGCUUCUUGUAACGUUGCUUCAAGCUUUCCUAAUGUCUUGUAAUAAAAACUGAAAAAAAAAAAAAAAAUUUCUUAGAGA